GAAACACUGUGGAUGUAAAUAUGAAAAUCCUAAGUGCUAAAAGUGUAUCAUGGAGACAUUUAGACCUAUAAACAUACAAAAUGUGUAUACAUGGAAGUUGAUCGAUCCUCGCUUAGUUCGAUAGCGCAUUUCGAGCUGUCAGACUGCAAACUGUCUUAUUGGAAAGAGGUUUUUGCUGUAAUGGCUUGUAAUGAUGACUGGCAGCUAGCAGGGCGCCGAGCGGCUAGAAGAGGAAAACAAGCUUCAACCCCCAAACUAGACUCACACCAGGUGGCUGACUGCAAACCGGACAAGCAGAAGAUAUUAAACGCCAUGAAUGAACUGAGAGGGGAAAGCUUCUGGAUGGAGUGGAAAGAUCUCCUGUCUGAGCGUCUUCUUUCCAACGCUUCUGGUUCCUCAGAGCAGAAUGGAGAUGUUUCUCUUCAGCUCUGUUGUGUGUGUUACGGUUUGGGUCACUUUGCUUCCUGUGUAUCUGCCCGAUACCAGCUUGCAAUGUUGUUACUGCUUCUAGAGACACUCCAGAUUCCAGUGGGCAGUUGUUGUGUGUAUGAUCCUGUGUUUUCUGCGUCCGAGUGUGAUGCCCUCAAGGAGCUAGGCUUCACUGUGUUGACUGAAAAUGAGGAGGGGAAACGAGCGGUUUAUCAACCCACCCUGUUUUACCUGAUGCAUUGUGGGAAGGCUCUGUAUAACAACCUGCUGUGGAGAAACUGGACGCCUCGGACGUUGCCAAAAAUGAUUAUAAUUGGCAACAGUUUUCAUGGCAUUCAAGAGAGGAUGCUUCAGAGAGAGUUUGAUAGAGACUACAGCUUCCUUUCAAAUGUGAUAAGUGUGUGUGACGAGACGUCUCUGCCCUGCUCACCGCGAUUCCUGGAUGUGUUCAAUGACACAGCGCUCAUUCAGUUCCCUCCGGAAAAUCUGAACAAACUCCCAGAAUGCAUGUGGAUUGAGCCUUCAGAGCCACUGUACCAACACUGCCAAGAUCUGGAGAUCAUCCAGAGAGAGACAAAGAGCUGAAAAAUGUCACUGCUUUAAACAUGCGACAACAUUUGUUUAUUUCCAGUUUCUUGUGUGUAUAUGUUUUUUAUUAUUCAUAGAAUAAAAAUACUGUUUUUAGUCUUUUUUUUUUAAAAUAA